AUGCCCAUUGCUCUCCAGGUUAAGGACUCGGGGACAGAGUUUGUGACGGGGGUCGGGGGUCAGGACUCGGGGACAGAGUUUGUGACGGGGGUCGGGGGUCAGGACUCGGGGACAGAGUUUGUGAUGGAGGUCGAGGGUCAGGACUCGGGGACAGAGUUUGUGAUGGGGGUCGAGGGUCAGGACUCGGGGACAGAGUUUGUGACGGGGGUCGGGGGUCAGGACUCGGGGACAGAGUUUGUGACGGGGGUCAGGGGUCAGGACUCGGGGACGGAGUUUGUGACGGGGGUCAGGGAUCAGGACUCGGGGACAGAGUUUGUGACGGGGUUCGGGGGUCAGGACUCGGGGACAGAGUUUGUGACGGGGUUCGGGGGUCAGGACUCGGGGACAGAGUUUGUGAUGGGGGUCGAGGGUCAGGACUCGGGGACAGAGUUUGUGACGGGGUUCGGGGGUCAGGACUCGGGGACAGAGUUUGUGAUGGGGGUCGAGGGUCAGGACUCGGGGACAGAGUUUGUGAUGGGGGUCGAGGGUCAGGACUCGGGGACAGAGUUUGUGACGGGGGUCGGGGAGUUUGUGAUGGGGGUCGGGGGUCAGGACUCGGAGACAGAGUUUGUGACGGGGUUCGGGGGUCAGGACUCGGGGGCAGAGUUUGUGAUGGGGGUCGAGGGUCGGGACUCGGGGACAGAGAUUGUGACGGGGUUCGGGGGUCAGGACUCGGGGACAGAGUUUGUGACGGGGGUCGAGGGUCAGGACUCGGGGACAGAGUUUGUGACGGGGGUCGGGGGUCAGGACUCGGGGACAGAGAUUGUGACGAGGGUCAGGGGUCAGGACUCGGGGACAGAGUUUGUGACGGGGGUCGGGGGUCAGGACUCGGAGACAGAUUUUGUGACGGGGGUCGGGGGUCAGGACUUGGGGACAGAGUUUGUGACGGGGUCGGGGUCAGGACUCGGGGACAGAGUUUGUGAUGGGGGUCGGGGGUCAGGACUCGGGGACAGAGUUUGUGACGGGGGUCAGGGGUCAGGACUCGGGGACAGAGUUUGUGACGGGGGUCGGGGGUCAGGACUCGGGGACAGAGUUUGUGACGGGGGUCGGGGGUCAGGACUCGGGGACAGAGUUUGUGACGGGGGUCAGGGGUCAGGACUCGGGGACAGAGUUUGUGACGGGGUCGGGGGUCAGGACUCGGGGACAGAGUUUGUGACGGGGGUCGGGGGUCAGGACUCGGGGACAGAGUUUGUGAUGGGGGUCGGGGGUCAGGACUCGGGGACAGAGUUUGUGACGGGGGUCGGGGGUCAGGACUCGGGGACAGAGUUUGUGACGGGGGUCGGGGGUCAGGACUCGGGGACAGAGUUUGUCUCUACUCUUGAUCCUCAUGCUUGUUUGAGUCCUCCACUCUCAUACCCUUCUCCUGUCUCCCAGUACAAUGUCUUGGCCAUGUAG